ACGCCUGGGAGAAAAUCUACUUCUGUCUUGCCAGGACGUAAAUCUACUACAGGAAAAACUUCAAAUGUUCCCACUGGCAAGAGGGGUAUUACUAGCGGCGGGGCUGCGGGUCGCAAAUCAGGCGGUGGUUCCUCUGGACAGUCAGGCACUGCUAAUGAAUUAUUCCACUAUGAUACAGAAGAAUGCUCUGCUAGGCCUUGCAAACAACCUCAAGAUAAUGCGAUAGACUGGAUUCAGUGCGAUAAAUGCACUCUUUGGUAUCACCAAAUAUGCAUAGGUUGCAAACCAAGUGAAGCUGAUGUGGAAACAUACUAUUGCCCUUACUGCAAGGGCACUGCAUAG